AUGUCCCAAGCCUCGGCGGCAACCUUCUCAUCCACGCCGCAGGGCCAUCCCUUUCGCCUACGCGUCCCCCUCGCCAAGGCGACCGCCAAUCGCUGUGCUGGGUGUGGGCUCGAUAUACGCAGGCAUUCGCGUGAGGAGGUGACAGACGAGCAACUGCUGGCAGAUGACGGCAAGUCCUCGGUCGUUCUGCCGGGAGAGUUGGCGGUUGGCAGCUACAAGGCUGCACUCGCGGUCUGCAGGGAGGAGCAUGCAACGAACGCCGUUCUCAACUGUGCAGGGCUGCGGCUCGAAAGUCCUCCCAGACUACUUGACCUAGAGUGGGAGGACUCCGAGGCCUUCCGCAUCCCGCUUGAGGACCUCGAGCGUGGCCUCGCGUGGGCGUCCGAUCGCGUUCGGGCGGGCCGGAAGGCGGGCAAGUCACGCUCUGGCACGAUGGCGGUCGCAUACGUGAUGCGACGGCCCUCGCUCUGCUAA